UUUUAAUUUCCAACAAUUUAAGUUUUACUUGAUUUUAUUUUGUGGGUUUAUUUGGGAUAUGUUGCAAUAUCUUACAAAUUUGAUUCCUGUAGAAUGAAAAAAAAAUCCGGAAGUGUCAAAAUGAUUGUCAAACUGACAUAAGUCACAUGUAAAAGGUUAUGUUUGUGACAUUUAUAAUUAUUGUUGUGCAGCAAUCUUAAUUAUGAUAUAGAUAAUCAUAGAUCAUCAAAUCAUCAUAUAAUAGUAUAAUGAUCUAUUGUCUCGGGAAGUACAUGUAAAACUAUUAGUGGGUGUAUAAAUUUUUAGUGUAUUUUUCUUGCAAACGUAAAGAUUUUGUGAUAAUGUCAAACCGUGUUUCCCAAUGUACAGAUUUUCUUCAACAAUUAUCUAUAUCUACAGAUGUAAAUAAAAGCAAUACUGUGGUGCAUAUGGUUAACAAUUCAGCCAACAAUCCAGUCAGAGCAAAUGUGCAUGUACAGCAUGUUUCCUCAAAUCAUCAACGAGAUAAAGAGUUGCAGACCCCUAAGAAGGUCAGAAGAAGACCAAGAUUUAGGAAUAGACAUAAACACAAAGACGACGAAGAAGAUGUUUCUAGGCACUCAGUGUCUUCAAAUUGUAGUCGUUCAUCAUCAACAAAUUUUAGAGAUUUAUUAUCUUCUCCAAGUACCAGUGCUGGGAAAUCUACUAACAGUCCUAGACAACGAAUACCAUCAGCUAGUACUAACCCAGCAACCAUUGAAGAUACAACACCAGUAACAUUCUCUAUUCAAGCUGUUACGACUAACACAAACAGUAAAAUUAUAAGGCAACGUAAUAUUGAAGAUAAAUUUAUCAAUUUGAGGUCUUUCAUUGACAGUCGAUCAUCCUCGUGUUUGUUUGUCACAACGCUUUUUAAAAAAUCAGGACAAAAGACAAAUAAAAUUAAAUGCCGCAAAUAUGCCAAGAAAGAAUCUAGAAGAGAAAGAAAGAAAAAAGAACAAGAAAGGGAACAGGCAACAUUCAGUGAAUAUAUGGACCAAAAAGAUAUUGAUGAAGGUUUGGCAAAUGGUACUUUGGUGAAAGGUUUUAUUAGGAUCAACCCUAAAAAUUGCAGAGAAUCAUAUGUUAAUAAUGAGGAUUCUAGUAUUGCAGAUUAUUGCAUAACAUCUAUCAGUGACAGAAAUCGAGCAUUAGAGGGUGAUCAAGUGGUGUUACAGCUCACACCUAAAAAAGAAGGAGAUUCUUCUAACCAAAAUCUAGCCAAGGUGGUUUCAGUACUGCAAAAGGUUUUCUUAAAAUGGAUCGAUAACGAAGAAGGCACUUUUGCCCUAUUCGCUCCCAGAGACAAAAGGUUUCCUCCCAUGAGGAUUUCAGAACUGUAUUUACCAACAGGUUUUAAAGACAAGCCAAAGAAGUUCGAAGAUAUCUUAUUUGUAGGAAAGUUAUUAGACUGGGAAGUUCCCAGUUAUGCUAAAGGUAUUCUAAUUGAGAAAUUGGGAGAAUCUGGUAAUCUCCAAAUUGAAUCUUUGUCAAUUUUGAAAGAGAAUAAUUUAGAUAUAACACCCUUUAGUGAGGAGAUCGUAAAUAGUUUGCCAGAUCUUAAAGUUAUUCCUGAGAAAGAGUUUGAAUAUAGGGAGGAUUUAAGGAAAAAAUGUAUAUUUACAAUAGAUCCUGAGUCUGCAAGGGAUUUAGAUGAUGCUCUCUCAGUAGAAAAUUUGCCAAAUGGUAAUCUAGAAGUAGGAGUCCAUAUAUCAGAUGCAGCCUUUUACCUACAAGAAGGUACAGAACUGGACCAAAUAGUUAGCCAGAAAGCAACUACGAUUUACCUGGUAGAUAAAGCUUACCAUAUGCUUCCCAUUGAACUUUGUUUAGCUUGUUCCCUCUUGCCUGGUGAGGAUAAGUUGUCAUUUUCUGUAUUUUGGGAGAUGACCCAAAAUGGGGACAUUGUAAAUAUGAGAUUUACAAGAAGUAUACUUAAUUCUUGUGUUAAGUUGGCUUAUGAGCAUGCUCAGUCAGUUAUAGAAAACCCAGAUAAGGAGUUUAGUGUCGAGGACUUUCCUCAAAUUUACAAUGGAUUUGAACCUAAAGAUUUAGUGAAUGCUAUCAAUAUUUUGCAAGGUAUAGCUGUAAAAUUAAGGGAGAAACGGAUAAAGAAUGGUGCCUUACGAAUUGAUAAUCUAAAAUUAAUGUUUUCACUUCAUCCUGUAUCAGGUGAACCCAUAAGUUAUUCUAUUUAUGAAAACAAGGAAUCGCAUCGUUUAAUAGAAGAAUUUAUGCUUUUGGCAAAUAUAUCGGUAGCACAAAAGAUCUAUGAUGAUUUUCCAGAAAUAGCAUUCUUGCGAAGCCAUGAACCGCCCAAAGUUACCAUGUUAACUGCUCUUCAAGACAAAUUGGCCCUGUAUGGCAUGCAUUUGGACAUAUCGUCUUCUGGAGCCAUAGCCACAUCACUCAAGAAGUAUAUUACUGAUGAUUUUAUAGGUCAAGCUAGAGCUGUAGCUCUCAACCACUUUACUUCAAAAGCAAUGAUAAGGGCACAGUAUUUCUGCGCAAGUGCAAAAAACGGCGUCGAAGAAUUUAAACAUUAUGCUCUCAGUAUUCCUAUUUACACUCACUUCACUUCUCCGAUUAGAAGAUACGCAGAUAUUAUGGUUCAUCGACUAUUGGCAGCCAGUUUAGGUUACACCAGUCCACCUAAAUGGGACGCGAAAUACGUGGAGGCCAUCGCUACCAACUGCAAUCUCCAAAAAUACCAAGCCAAAAAAGCGGGCGAUGCAAGUAUAGACCUGUAUCUGGCACACUACAUAGAAAAUGGCCGACCCUGCAAAGAAGAUUGUGUCGUCGUCGACGUCCGGGAAGAUAAAAUCGAUGUGGUCGUGCUAAAAACUGGAACUGUUCUAAGGAUAUAUGCAAAUUGCCAAAUUUCUUUACUAGAUAGCGACAAAACAAAUGUAUGCCCUUGGUUGCCAGGAACUAUAUGGACCUAUGAGGAAAAGAAACUGAUCAUUCAUUUCCAAAAGUUCAACAAUUUCGAAGCGGCUACCGUACCCAUUGACGUUUUUUCCAUAGUGAAGAUCACUAUGCGAAGAAAAGAUUCCUAUCAUUUACAGGGUCGUUUACUAAGGCCUGAGUCAGCCGGAUCGCCUGAGAAACAUAAAACGCCAAGAUAUUUGCAGAAGCCUAAAAACCCAAAAAGAGAGGCGCGUAAUUCGUCCAGAGCUGCUAAAUGGAGAGAAGAAGGACCUAAGAAGAAGGAAGGAAAGAAGAAGAGUAAAGAGUAGAAAAGUUACGUGGCUGUAUAUAUACUUAUCUACAUGAUUUUUUUGAAAUAGUGAGUGAUAUGAUAUAAUUUUUACUUCAUUGCCGUUGUAUAUACAAUAUUUUUUAUUUGACGCAAAGUUGUACUAUAAUUUGAAGAUUUUUAAAUAUUGUGUACAUAGAUUAUACGAAUACUCUUCUAAAUCGUAAUUGAAUAUAAUAUACAGCAGCUAAUUUUUUAUAAAUUUGUGCUGACGUAAAAGUUUUGCUUGAUUUCUCCCGUUCCUGCGCGUCCACUUCUACAUUUUUAGGAAACAAUUUAAAAUAUGCAAUAAUAAAUAGUUUAAGAAAAGAUUCUUCUGUUGAUUUUUACUAUAUUGAAAAAUAUUUUAUUCCUUCAUUAUUAUAAACAAAAAACCAAU